ACCAAUCUUAUCCUAUUUAACCUUUAGAAUAUUCCCGUUCGUUCGGCGGUACAAAUUCGAGCAAUGUCUGGAAUCUCAUGUUUAACGACGGAGUCGGGUCUGCAAGAUUGUUCUCCUGUUUUACCCAUUCGACAAGGGUCCCUCUCAGUUGUUACAGAAAGCUUCGCGGCCGAGACGCCGCAAGCCUCCCUUCAUGUCUUAUGCCAACGCGGACCGGUUCGUACUUUUGGAUGAAAUCCAAGCUCUACGUGCGAACGGCGUGCUUGCUCAGAUUAAGUGUCCCUUCACACAUAAAGCCAAUCGAACGUGGAGAGAACCAGCGAUGCUCGCUCUUGGGGCUUUCUUCGAUCGCUUCCUAAGAAGUGAGGCUCUCAGUGAAGUUGUCUUCCUUCUGGAGCAAGAUCUCGUACCGCUUGUGUUGGAUGCCAUGGCCGAUAAAGACGCAGCGGUGAGGGAGGCCGCAAAGUACGCUUUGCUCACCUUGGUCGACAAACUCAGUCCAGAGGCUUUGGUAGUGGCUCUGUUACCUAUUUUACUCGACUAUAUUCGCAAGAACACGACGAAAUGGCAAGGAAUUGCGGAAGUGUUUACCCUGAUAAGUCAAAUGGCUCGUGGAGCAGUGAUCCAUGCAAGUGAGAGGGCACAAAUACUACGCAAGUAUGUCGAAAGCCGACUCGAGGAUUUGAUACCUCUUGUAGCGGACGCAGUGCUUGACUUGAAGCCCGAGGUAAUGUUCCUCAAUCCGCUGUUCCUACAAAUUGCUGGUAUCAUUGACUCGUUGCAGGUCUCUAAACGAGCCAAAGGAGCACUAGACUCUUUGUUAGCUCUUAUUCACAACCCUGACCUGGUGCCAUGUAUACCAGUCCUCUACGCAUUCAUCCGCGAUCCUUCGGGUGCGAAUCUCCGAAAAGCGAUAUCCACUGUGUCGCAUACUACCUUUAUUUCCAGUAUCAACUCAGCUGAUCUUGCGGUCCUUCUUCCUUUGUUUGAGCGCGCUCUUUCAUCUCCAAAUGCAACCCAAGAUUUGCUUAGGGAGGCCCUUCUCAUUGUCGAAAACUUGACGAAGUUACUCCAGGUCCCAACUCAAGCCGUACCAUUCUUGAAAAGGUUGAUGCACCACGUGGAGAAUGCAAGUGAACGAGCUGCCAUCCCGGAGGUUCAAAAAUCAGCUAAGAGACUGCUGGGAAUGAUGAAAGAUUGUACCAAUCCCAACAAAGGCCAGCUACACCCUAACAUGACAGUAUCCCAGGCUCUUCUUGUGCUCGAGAAAGCAAUCCGCUCCUGCGACGGGUAUUUUAUCCCUUCUACCGAUACAGCCCUUUCUGAGUUGACCAAGCGGUACGUCGCGAGCUUGGUUACGGAAGUGGUCAACCAACAACAGUUCUCCCGGGUUACAGUUUGCAUAGAGCCUUAUUUGGAUCCAAUCAUGAAGCAGGGUAGCGCCUCAGUGGUUGCAGAAAGAGUGCAGAGAUUCUUUUCCGAAGCUGAUUCUGCGAGGCGGGGACUCCUGAACCGGAAUGAACGCAGUGAAGUGGAAGUGGUUAAUACUUGCGUCUCCUUGGGUUACGGUACGAUAACACUUCUUUCUCAAACCAACUUGAGACUGGUCAAGGGCCGCCGAUACGGACUCUGUGGUCGAAAUGGGGCCGGGAAGUCAACGCUAAUUCGAAGUAUCGCCCAGGGUAAGCUGGAAGGAUUUCCUUCUCCAGACCAGGUGAGGAUUUGCUAUGUAUGCCAUGAGGAGGAUGAAGAUGCCGAUCUCAGUGUUUGUGACUACAUGGCCAGAGGGACAAGAGAAGAGGAUAUCGCGCAGAUCUCUCUAGCACUUCAAGAUGUCAAUUUUGGAGAGAGUGCCCAUCUUAGAGUUGGCUCACUUUCUGGUGGUUGGAAAGUGAAACUAGCUCUCGCACGAGCAUUUAUGACGCCAACGGAUAUCCUGCUCUUUGACGAGCCUACUAAUCAUCUGGACAGAGCCAGUGUGUCUUGGCUACAGGAACGACUGAAGAGUAACACUGAAGUCACCAGCUUGCUCGUCAGCCAUGAUGCUGAAUUCCUGAACGAGGUCUGCACGGAUAUCUAUUAUAUCGAUGGGACAAAACUCGUCUGGCAUGGGGGCAAUUUUGCUUCUUUCACGAAAAGGAACUCAAGCGUAGGAGUCGACGACGGUCUCCCAGAUGGUGCAAGGCAAUUUCAAAUACCUCCUCCCGGUCUCCUCACGGGGUUAAAAUCUGCGACUAGGGCAAUUCUUCGAAUGUCACAUUGUACCUAUACCUAUCCCGGCGCAUCACAACCUGCGUUAUCCAAUGCAUCUUGUCAGGUUUCCCUCUCAUCACGGGUAGCCAUUGUCGGUCCUAACGGUGCAGGCAAAUCGACUCUGGUCAAAGUUUUGACGGAAGAGCUCAUUCCUCAGGAGGGAACGGUGGAAAAGCACCCUAAUUUACGAGUCGGCUACAUUAGGCAGCAUGCCCUAGAGCAUGUUGAAAUGCACGAAGAGAAGACUCCAAGCCAAUACCUGCAAUGGCGCUACAUUUACGGAGAUGAUCGGGAAGUCCUGACAAAGCAAACGCGAAUCAUGACAGCGGAGGACAAGACUCAGAUGCAAAAGAUGAUACACUGGGAGGGUAAGGCUAGGCAGAUGGAAGCGCUCGUGGGGAGGCAAAAGUGGAAAAAGAGCUUUCAGUACGAGGUGAAAUGGGUUGGUUCACUUGCCAAAUAUAAUUCCUACCUUCCGCGGGAAACACUUAUCGACCUCGGCUUCCACAAACUUGUCCAACGAUUUAACGAUCACGAAGCUUCGCGGGAAGGGCUGGGUUUCCGGAAACUUGAAACAGAAGCCAUUUCUAAACAUUUUCAUGACGUCGGCCUGGGUACAGACGUUGUCUUUAACACCAGCAUCGCCAGUCUCUCGGAUGGCCAGAAAGCGAAGGUCGUUCUAGCUGGUGCCCUAUGGAACAAUCCACAUCUCCUGAUACUCGAUGAACCUUCCAAUUUUCUUGACGGCGAGUCGCUGGGUGCGCUUAUAACUGCCUUGGAGGACUACAAAGGAGGCAUCGUUGUUAUAAGCCACAGUCAUGAUGUUCUGAGGAGGCUUUGUCCUGGGCUGUGGCGCAUUAAUGCUGGGUAUCUCACAUGCAAGGGCCACCUUCUCAACGACGACGGUUGCACCAGCAUACCGAAUAGAAAAAUGUCAAAGGCAAAUUCGGCCGGCUCUGGGAUUGAGCCUGAGCCUGAGCUUAGCAGGUGUUUCGACGCUGAGACGGCCAGAAAGAAAAAGCUCACUCGAGCCCAGUUGAAGGAACGCACAGUACGGCGGAGAUUGAGACAUAUUGAUUGGCUCAACAGUCCCAAGGGGACGCCUCGACCUCCAGAUACUGAUGAUGAAGAAUAAGCUCUCUGCCGAGCACACUGUUGUUUACUUUGUGGUGGCGGAAUCAAAAUUUGUAUCCGAAAGCGCCUCUCGCUUGGAUUGGUCACGUCAGUCGAAGUGCCCGUCACCCUCUCAAAGCUAGAGAAGUUGGCAAACUAUGGUGACUGGCGACAAGCAAAUAGUCCUAGAAUGCAAGGUUGGAUGAUUUAAAUUGGAAAGGUCCAUGUCGAGCGAAGAAGUCUCCAAAUUAUGGGGGCGGAUCACUUCACGUCUCCGGUGAUGUUAUGCCGGUGACUGUUUACGCCCGAAGUUCACCCCAAGGGCAGGACUCAUGAAGAUUCAAUCGCCGAUGGUUACCACAAUUGUUGUAAUCUAUCCGGAUAUUGUAGGCGAUAUAUGUGCACAAGACUGUUUGUUCUUCUUGCGAAUUCGGGACGAAACUGGGAGGUCUCGGGUCCAAACGUCAUUUGACACCUCUUCUGAAACACAACCAGCUGGCUACGCCUCAGAGCCUAUGUGUAUGGACUUGAAGGUUGCGAUCUCAACUUGGCAGGGAGAGGUGCUGUCGAAAGGGCGGGCUGGUUCGGUAUGUGAGACGAGCUUCCGUGACAGCAGCCGCAACCCGAUCAAUCGAGAUCUAUUGAAAAAGGCAGGGAAGUGGUAUCAGCUAAAGGUUGCAAUAUGGCAUGAUGAUAAAUUCGAGGAGACGUGAGUGUGCGGACAGCGAAAACCUUGGAGACCUUCAGGCAGAUUUCUGUGAUUCGGAGGCAGCAGGGCUGAUGAACGAGUUUCCCUGCGUAGUGAUUCGUGACAUGUGCGAAUACGUCGAUUUCCAGCGAGAACGAUGCAUGGGCACCUGUAUAUUGUGAUAAUUGCUGCCACAUACGCAAAGGAGGUUUCCAGUAGAUCUCUCCCGCAUUGGCCGGCCUCAAAGCUUAGAGAUACGUAUGAAAUCAAGCGGAUCUACGCCUACCAAUAGUCGGUAAGAAUGUGGAUGUGGCAUAACGUUUCCACAGAGCCUCUGAUUAUACGAUAUGGUCAUGUGUGACCGACCCUCCGGGACAGUUGUUGACGUUUCCAGUAGUUGCAACUAGUAAAUGACAAAAGCCAGCCUCUUCAGCAUCGAAAUAGCUUCUAGUCCGACGCCGAAUCUGACAGAAAUUACGGGAUUCUAUCGUCUCCGAUUGUGUUCUG